UGGAUUAUAAUGAAUUCUUGUGCCAAGUUGGUCUUCUAUAAUAAAAAAAACAAUUGUCCACUGCUUCCUCAUGUACAGAUCAAUGCCGAGUUUCUGCGGGUUGCUGCAGUUCCCUUGCUGACGAGAUGUAUGGCCCAGCUGGACAAGUACUCCACGCAGCUACUGAAGAUCAUCAGAAAGAAAGGAGGAGCAACCAAAGCAAAAACUGCCACGAUCCUGGAGUUUCUUGAUCAGGAGGCAGAUGCUGAUGUCAGAAGGGAGUGUGUCCUCGAAUCUCUUAUCAUCUACCUGGGAGAAUGUGUUGAGGACCUGAUAAAAGAAUACACGACGUCCCAGAUAGAUCAAGCCAAGCAAGAGCUAGACAGUACCACCAUGGCGGUCUUCGUCUUCAGAGAGAACUCAAGCCUUCUACAACAGCCCAAAGAGAUCGGGAUCAUCAUUGAUGGUGUAGAAGUCCUCACUGAGUUGCCUUCCGUGGCAGCUGGAGUGGUAAUGCUCUUUGGACUCUGUUAUGCUCUUAACUUGGAAUAUCUCAAGGGGUUCAGGUUCACCUUUGAAGCUCUUCAGAAGAUCCUGAUGGAGCUUGGUUCCAACAAGAUGAGCCCCAAGAUUCGCAAAUUGAAUGGUGAACUCCACACUUCACAGUAGUAUGUGUGCCAUGUGUACAGAUGCUUGUGUGUGUUUGCGGCAUGCACAGUAUAUGCACCUGUGCUUGUGUGUCUGUGUAUUAAGCUGCUACCCAGCACUUUAAAAGGGGGAGAACCUCAGCGACAACCGAUAGUAGUACUAUUAUAGCAUGUUUAUUAAUUAUUAUUAUUAUUGUAGUAUUAGUAUGGUAGUUGCACCUAGCCACGGGUGCUGUAGCCAUUUAAGAUGUUAUAUUGUUGGGCUUUGAGCUUUGAGUGAAUGUUUUGAAUUUAGUCGUUUGAGGGUCAACACUGCUUCCAGAAAGCAAUAUUUUAUUUAAUUUAAUUACAGUUCAGAUUUGAUAGAGCCUGUGAAUAGGCCUACUACCAUGUGUGUGUUUGUUCUGGUUAAUUUGCUUGGUAGGCUUCUAUUUUUUACUUAUUUCUUAAAGAUCAUUACAGUUUAUAUCCGUGCGGAAAACAUUGCAGCAGAUUCAGAUGCCAUCUUGAUAAAGACUGCCCUUUUAAGGGUAGUCUUUAUCAAGAUGGCAUCUGGACAGGGAGAUUCCAGUUGCCAGAAGGUGAUAAAGCAGUAUAUACCAGUAUGUUGUUUUUUAGAAAACAUAGCAUCCUGCCCUCAUGGCCCUGUCCUGCUCUCUCUAUCCUCUUCUCUCCCGCCUCUCAUCCUCUCCAUCCUUUCCUCUGUUCCCCUCUCCCCUCUCCACCCUUCUCCUCCCCUCUCCAGCCUUUCUCCUCUUCUCUCCACCAUCUCCUUCCCUCUCAUCUGCUCCUUUCUCCUCCUUUCCAUUCUCCUCCUCACCUCCUCUCUCCUCCCCUCAUGUUAAAUAUGUUACGGUUCAUAUGUUAAAGUUGAAUAAAUACAUUUAAAGUUA